AUGUCUAAGUUCAACGAAGCAUUAAGUGAAGCAAUAGCAUCACUUUACGACUAUUCACAAAACUGCAAAGUUUCCAUUGAAUUAGUACAGAGGUUGGCUCAGCAAUUAAAGUUGGAGACCUUCAUUGAUAAACUCGGAUAUACAGUCGACUCCAUCUCGAAGAACCAAGACAAACUAAAGACCCAAAGAUUGAGUAUAGCAGGAACGUCGAUCUUGAUUGAUAUCGACUUUCUCAAGGACAACGAGAUUGUGGGAUUGUCAUUGUCCUCAGGAGUAGCGCCUGUCGAGGAGGCCGAAUCAUCAUCACAAGAACCAAAAACAGGAUCACAUAUUGUUGAGCAGAAACAGGUGGACGGGGUGACUGUUAUUCAUUUGGACCCCAGAAAAAGCCUGCUACAAUUCUUAUCGCCUAUAAAAGGUCAAGAUAAGUCUGUGGCAGAAACAAUUCUAAUGCAAAACUUGACCUCCGAAAGAUUGAAUAAAUUUCCGUUUAAUUUGAGAUACUUGGCAAAUGUCGAUAGGUUGUCCACCUCUAAUGUGAACCUUUUUGUCGUUCUCGAGCAAAUAGGACUUAUACUAUACACCUUGAACGAAUUGGAAGGAGUGCUGGGCCAGGAGGACGAGAAUUCUUGGCUCAUCAAGGAAGGUUUUGCUAACAGUAUAGGAAUGGUCAAACUCAAUGACUUAAAAUCACUUCAGCUCGGCCUCUUCCUUGAUUUUUGGAGAGACAAUAGAUACAUCAACCACGAGUAUCAAAAGAAUUCCUCAGGACUACUUUUGGGUAAAGAAUACACUGCUCUCAUAAGUGUUGAAGCUUCGGAUUCUGAGCAAUUCGAUUACUUGUCAGAUGCGAAGCAAAAUGAGUGGAGUGUUUCCGAUUCCUUGGGAAACGUCAAGAAGUACAAAUUUGAAAUAGAUGAAUUACCCCCUGAUAGCAGCAGCUCUGCUUACACUUCUGCAAGUGGACCUUCCAAUUGGUUGCUUUACUUGAAUUUUAACCACAGCAUAUAUUUGCCAUCGUAUCUUCUUGAAUACUUGGGUAUAUCCAACUUUAAAGUCCUGAGUGCUGACAAUGAGUUGAAACCAAUUUUCGAGAAAUACAAUAGUGGCAAAAGUAUAGAACACUGCCUAGAGGUUUCUGGUAAUGAGGUUCACUUAAAGUGCUAUAAUGACAUACAGUCAUCUAAUUUCAUACCCGUUUACGCCUUUGCCAUCAACAAGGUCAUUGACAUUGCCACUAUAAUACCGGGAAUAAGAAACUUUUUAGUUCUUUCCAACAUCUUGAAUACGUUGAUACACACUAAACCUACUGCAUCCAAGAAGAAAGUGCAUUCACAGUCUCGUAGAGGCUCAAAAAUUGGUGGUCCUGCUGAUGGCGAAAUGACAGAAGACACCAAGAAAAGACUUCGUGAAUCGUUGAAAUUGUCCUAUGACGUUACAGAUGAGGAGAUACUUGGGUUAAAUGCAAUUUCUGAGACGGCAGCCUAUACAACUAUCCAACCAAUAAAUAAAGAUGAAGUUGAUCUUGAUACAUUCAUGCGUGAUGAAGACGCAGAUAAUAGUGCAACCAACACAGAACAGUUUUUCAAUGUCAGCUUACAAUACGUGGAUUUCACAUCUAAGCAGCUUGAUUUGAUACUCCAAAUUGAAGGUAGAAUCCAUACGGAGGAAUUGGCUUUCAAUUUGAAGAUUUCGAAUGGUACGUUCAGUGAAGUGAAAUCGUCGGAUACAAUGGAUAUUGAUAGCACUAAGAUUGACCGAUUCAUCAGAAUAUUAAACUUGACCGAGGAUAUUUCUAGGGCAAUUAGUGAAGUCUAUUAG